AGGGAGUGGUGCUUUAAAGAAGCAGAGAAGCGGGAGAAGAGUGCUGCAGCAAGAGGAGGGGAGGAACCAAUGUGAAAGAAGAAGAAAAAUGGAAAUGGAGAAAGUGAAAGAGCAAGAUCUCGAGAAGCAAAUCGGCGGUUGCAUGGCCGGCUUCUUCAACAUCUUCGAUCGCCCCAAUCUCCUCUCUCCUAAUAAGCGUCUCUCUUCCUCUCCCAGCGCUGAAUCUGAAUCUGCCUCUGGGAGGAGUUCCCCGCUCAACUCACGGAGGAAUCAGCAGAGUGUGUACUCUACCCCAGAGCUACGGUCUCCGCCGUCGGAUUCACUGAAUCUGACGACUCUUCCAGCAGUCAUUGAAGACUUUAAACAACAAGGAUCUUCUUCUUCUUCUUCUAGGUCUUCGUCGUCACCUUGGAGGUUCUCUAAAGAAGCUCCUCGGCUCUCCCUCGAUAGCAGAGCCGUCGUGGAUGCCAAGGGGUGCCUCAAACCCAGACAGAUCCGAUCCGAUGCGGAUGAGAACCUGCGAGGCUCACCCAGCGUGAUCGCACGGCUCAUGGGAUUGGAGCCAUUGCCCCUCCAGAGAUCUGCAUCCGAGUCCAGGGUCACCAGAGACUACUUAUUUGACUUUCAAGAUGACAAGGGAGCUGAAGAUCCGGCGGCAUUUAGGAGCGCCCGAGCCCAGCCAGCCAGAGCUCCACCCUUAGUAGUACGCCGAAAGAGUUUCUUUGAUUCCGGUGAUUUCUUCCCGGAGCCAAGGCAGUGUGGCCGCGAUUUGGAGAGAGUUUCCAAAAUGAGUGGAGUUGACGACGCUCCCCCGACCGAUCUGGAAACCCUCAAGCAGCUUCUCGAAGCUCUCAGGCUCAAAGGACUCUUGCACUCUUCACACAAACAUGAGAGCAGGAAUCUCGUCUUCGACCAUCAUCAAUCUCCGAUCAAACCCAUCAGAUCUGGUCUAGUGAGGCGGGAUCGGGGCAGCAGAGGAAGGGGACGGAUUUCCCCGAGCGUCAAUAGGAGACCAAGACCAACGCUCAAGGAACAGAGGAGAGUCGCUCCACUCCCUUGGCGGAGACCAGAACCUCUCCAGACGAGUGGCAGCACUCUAGCCGAGGAAACAAAUUCUGAUAUGCAGAUGUGGAAAGUGGAUGUGUAUAACAGACAAGGCAAAACCUUACUGGAGAGAUGCGACAAGCUGCUCCACAGCAUUGCGGAAAUGGCCGCGGCGGCUGAGGCCGGAGAGUCACAACCGAGCCCCGUCUCUGUUCUUGAAGCCUCAAUUUACCACGAGGACUCUUCCCCGUCUCCUGUCAUGAAACGCACCCUUGACUUUUCUGCUGAAUCCGAAGACGAAUCCUGGGGUGGCUCAAUAUUAUCAUCGUCCGACUCUGAAUAUGUAUACAUUUCGGACAUCCUCCGAGCCUCAGAUUGCCUUCCACAAGAGUCCGACAUCUUCUCGUUCCUGGAAAAGCAGCAAUACCUCAAAGGAAAAUGCGCCUCCAUAGCCGCAGCUCAGGAAAGACGGCUCAUCUUCGACGCAGUGCAAGAGAUUGUGGCGCGGAGAAGGAGCUUGCCCCCGUGGAGGAUGGUGGCAGAGGCUGAUAAGAUGCAAGUGAUCUGGUCUGAAUUUCAAAAGAUAAGAGAGAAAAAGUCGUCCACAGAUGAAGAAGAGGACCUUGUGGGAUACGUGUGCGGGGUCCUCGGAAGAGAUCUAUCAGAGGACCGAUGGCGAGAUUGUCAGGUGGAGAUGUCAGAAGCGGCUCUUGACAUCGAACGCCUUGUAUUCAAAGAUCUCAUCGGUGAAACCAUACGCCAUUUAGCUGCUCUUAACAGGUCCGACUCGCUGCGUAGGAGGCUGCUCUUUUGAUACAAACAAACUAGACUAAAAUCUCUGACCCACCUACCAUGUCUAACCAAACAUGAGAGAGUGAUAGUUCUUUUGUGUUCUUUUUGUAUUAUCAAUUGAAAUGUGUGAUUGAUCACCCGUGCAUAAACUUGCGACUUGCGU